AUGCCUGUAGGAGUUAAAGAAGCUAAUGAAGCACUUCAUAUUGGUUUAUCAGAAUUAUUUUCUGAAUGGCAACCAAGUCCAGCAUCAUCAUAUUGUUUUACCAAUCAAACAUCUCAUUCUCAACAAAUUAAUAAUUCAACUCAAUAUGGCUGUGAUAAUAAUAAAAUAGAAGAUAUUUUAAGACAUUUUUAUAAGAUUAAAUAUAUAUUUGAUUCAUCGAUUAAUGUAAUGACACCUGGAGAUUGUGAAGAAAAUAUAUUAGAAUAUUAUGACGAAUGGAAUUUAAUUGCAUGGAAUUCAAUUGGUAUAUUAAAUCGAUCACAAGGAUUUAAUACAGAAGAAGGAAAUAAUUCAUAUUAUUUAUUACCUAUGUAUAAAAGAAGCGAAAUUUUAAAACAACUAGAUUCAACAUUAAAAAAUUUAGCAAACAAAACAAUAAAACCAGAAUGGUUUAUGCCUAAAGCAAUAGAAGAAAAAAUACAUGUCUCUUUUACAAAAUUUAAAGUUUUUUAUUAUGAAUUAUAUGAUUUUUUUUUUAAAUAUUUAAAUAUUGAAAAAAAUGGUAUUCAAAAAGAUUAUAAUAGAUAUUGUUAUGAUGAUAUUAUUUUAACAAUUAAAAAUCUUACAAUACGUCUUCUUGGAGGAUUUAGAGAAUUUUCAAAAGAAUAUUGUUCAAUAGCAUGGAAAAAUUUAAAAGAAAAACAAGUAUUAAAUAUUUCAUCUUAUCCAACAAUAAAAAAAAAAGUAACAGAAGAAUUAGCUUCAUUUUAUACAAAUACAUUUUACUUUUUUGGAAUAAUUGUAAUUAAAUGUAUGUUAAAUUUUAAUUUUUAUUCAGAUAUAGAAUGUCAUCAGGAAAAUAGUAAUAUGUAUAUAAUUAUUCAAAUAUUAAAAACAAUUUAUAUAACAUUAGAUAAAUUGUUACUUGAUUCUAUUGCUUGUAAUGAGGCAAAUUCCAGUCCAAUUCUUGUCACAAACAAUCUUUUUCCAAUUAGUAUUGAUUCAUUAGCUCAUUGUAUUGUGUUUAAAGAAUUUAAUGUACAAAUUGUAUCAGAAGAGGUAGCACAACAAAUACAAAAUGAUAUGCGUAGACGUAAAUUAGCUGAAUAUCCAAUAACUUCAUUAAAUGUUUUUCGUUCUGCAGCUUUAUUAGCUAUGAAACCAUCAACAGGUGUUAAACGUAAUAAUGCUGUAGCAUCAGCAGAAGGUGGUAAUACAGCUCAUAAAAAAAGUGAUGUUAAUAGUAAAGAAAUUAUAUCAAUUAAAGCAACAUUUGAUACAAAACAUCAAACAUGGACUGCUGUAUAUCCACAUUUAUUAUGUACAACAAGACAAAAAGAUGCAUUAAUUGAUUCAAGAGCAAAUCUUCAAACAGGUAAACGGCCUUUAUUUUAUUUUCAUAUCAUGGGAAAAUUAUAUAGUCCUUCAGGACAUAUGUUAUCUGUUCAUACAUUAUCAUUACCAUUUACAAUUGCUACAAGAAGAAAUCAAGAUUGUCAGGUUCAAAGAAUGAUGAGUAGUUAUACAGCAACAUGUUUUUGGUUAUAUGGAACAUAUACAUGUGAUGGUCUUAUAUUAAAUUGGUGUGAUAAUGGUGUUAAUUUAGAACAAUUUAAAAAUCUUUAUUCACGCUAUUUUUCAUCUAAUGCAGAAUGUAAAAGAACAUUAUUAGAUAGAGAUUUUAACGUUUUUAGAGGAAAAAUGAAAUGUAAAGAGUGUAAAGAUUCAAAAAUAAAUUAUCCACAUUUAUCACAAGAAUUAAUAACAUUUAAAAAUGUUCUUUGUCCACAUUUACAUAGUGAUUCAUCAGAUAAAUCAUAUAGAUUUAGUAUAUGGCGUGGUAUGUUAGAAUUAUUACAUCUAUUUAAUGAUAAUAAAACGGAAGUUAAAACUUUAUGGGAAAAUGGUGUUAUAUAUGGUUUUUUAGAUUUUGGAGAAAUUGAACAAAUGAUUGAAUCAUAUAAUUCGAUUAUACUGAUACAUAUAUCAUUUGUAAUUAGUGCAUGUAUAUGUUUUGUCAUUAAAAAUAACAAUCAUAUUGUAUAUUUAGAACCAUUAGAUUUAAAGAAAUUACAAAGUAAAAGUUUGAUAGAUUAUUUCAAAGAUAUUGUUGUUUCUGAAAAUAUUAAAAAUGUCUAUUCUGCAUUUAAAAAUGUUAUUGAAAUUGGAGAGGUUCUUGAUUUAUUGAAAAUAGAUUUAAAAAGUGAAUAUAGUUAUAAAAAUAGUACAAAAACAAUUUCAUCAAAUGUUAUAAGAUCAGGAAAUACAAACUUAACAAAUACUGUAGAAUUUACAAAUCUUCGUAUUACAGUUGUUGCCUGUAGAAGUAUUCCAAAUUAUGCAAAUUCAUAUGAUUCCCCACAUUAUGAUUCAUAUAAUCAGCAAAUUCAUGAUGAUUUAAUAAAGCAAAAUAAUAUACAAUUGUCAUUUCGUAAUACAAAUGAUAAUAGUAUUAGUCAUCAGGUAAUAAAUUUACCUUUUGAACAAAAUAAUUUAUCCCAAAGACAUCAAACAAUGAAUGUAUUAGAAAAUACAAUAUCUCAUCCAAAUCUCAGUUAUAAUCAAAUGUCAAGAAAUCAUGACUUAUCACCAUCAAUGUCAUUACAAAUGGCACCUUCAGUAUCAUAUAAUGAUCAAAUGGAACUUAUGAGGAAUAAAAUUAAUUCAUGUAAUAAUAAUAUUAAUCAUGAUGGAUCAUUUGAACAAGAACUUCUUCAUUUAAUAACAUCAUUUGGAAGAUCAUAUGAUGAUGUUGUUAAUUAUUUAACAACAAAAACAAGUAAUCAUGUUAAAUAUUGUCCACAAUUACAUUCUUUAUCAAAUGCCACAUCCAUAAAUAGUGCGAUACAUCAACAACAACAACAGCAACAUAACAUUUCAUUUUCACCAAAUGACUAUGAUUCUUCAUCUCAAUUUGAUUUAAAUGUACCAUCUAACAAUUCGCAAUCACCAACUAUAAAUCACCUUACGGGUCCUCAAACAAGCGGAUUGUAUGAUUUGUCAUUUAACAAUGGCAUUUGA